CUGUCAAAAACCCUGCUUCGAUAAAUGUCAUUUUAAACGCAAAAAUAGUGGAUUGAUGUUGGUCUUGGGGACAUCGGUAGAUGUUCACGCCGUCUUAGGUGGUUCGGUGGCCGUGCAAGUAUUAUGCCAGUGUAAAAUGUGACCGCACAAGAAAAACUCGACAAAAGCAAAGUUUUACGAUCAAUACAACAAAAUAAAAGUGUAUUUAUGAAAUUCAAUGAUCGUUAGUGCAUGUUUUGUGCAGUGACAGUUUAUGAAUUAUGGAAACACCAUGGAAAUUGUUAAGUUUAUGCCUGGGGCUGUUGCUGUUUCAAUUAUGCAAUGGAUUUCCCAUUAAUUCGGAGAGUACUCCUUCAGAUUCCCACUCACAACUGCUUACGGGACUCGUAGCAGUUUUGUUGACCGUCUGCAGCGUCGUGUUUUUGGCCGGGUGUCUCUGCUGCCAGCGCCGGAAUGGAUUUAAGGAGUUUCGGGACAGUCCAGUAGUAGCUUCAACUGCUUCAAAUUUAGAUCAUGGCCACGUCAAUCCCAUUGCCAAUGGGGAGUUUACCAUAUUCACCCCUUUAUCUCCACCUCAUCAAAAUAACAAUGUAUUUCUUGCAAAUCAACAGAUUAUAGCAAGAACACGAGAUGAUUAUUCAUACGGUGAUGUGGAUGUCAGUGACUGGUUCAGUGAAUCUGAAAAAGAUUUUCCCAGAAUUAAACUUAAAUACAUCCGUGAACUUGGUAGAGGCUGGUUCGGAAAGGUGGUUGAGGGCGCCGCCCAAGACAUCGGCAAUGGCGAAGACAAGCGUCAAUGGACGCCCGUCGUGGUCAGAAUUCUGGAGGCUUCGGCUUCCAGCAAGGAGAGAGUUAUUUUUCUGCACGACGCAACCAUAUACAGGUGCGGCAGUCACCCCAAUUUAUUGUCAUUGAUUGGCCGUUGUUUAGACACGAUUCCAUUAUUGAUACUGCAAGAAUUUUGUCCUCAGGGAGAUCUGAAAAAAUAUUUAAGACAAAACAAAUCAAAAUCAGAAAAUUCUAUAUUAUCAACGGAGUAUCCAUUAAUUUGGUGUUGCCAGUUAACAUCAGCCCUUAAGUUCCUUCAUGAAAACAAUGUAACACAUCCCGAUUUAGCUAGUAGAAACUGUCAAUUGACGGCGAAUCUCACCCUCAAACUCGGUGACUACGGCAUGGGCCUACAGAGGUACCCCCAAGACUAUUACCAGGGCUCGCCGGGACUGCCCGUGCGGUGGUGCGCACCCGAAUCCCUCGUGUGCACCUCGACGACCAUACAGCCGUGCACGGUGACCAAGGAGUCCAACGUGUGGUCUUUGGGUGUCACGCUGUGGGAGAUUUGCGAGUGCGGCGACCAACCCUACUCCCAGCUGACCGACGACGAGGUGCUGUCGCAGGUUCUGGGAUCACCCAACGUUAGACUGAGCAGGCCUACUUUUACAGUACUUUACACAGACUACAUAUAUCGUUUAAUGCAGUUGUGUUGGACGAAUGCAGAAUCUCGCCCUUCAGUAGCACAAAUCGACCUCAUGUUGGCAGAUUUACUGCAGGUACACAAAAAUGCCAAUAAAUGCGCAUCAUCGGAGUCCACUGAUGACUUCGAAAGACGAUGGGAGUCGCUAAAACCCAACAAUAUCGUCCACACACAAGACAUCAACAGUUCGGAGGGUGAUGUUGAAAUUCAAAUUACCAAACCUUUAUCGCCGAGUUUAAAUAAUUUACAUGGUUCGUUAGAUAAUUUCUUAAUUGAUAAUGAACCUGACAAUAACUGGUAUCAAAAUUCAUCAACUAGUGAUGAACUAUUUUCUUCCAAUAACUUGAAUGACACAACAGAAGCAGCAAUUGGCGCAUCCAAUUCCAAACCAGAAAUCAGUAAACCCAUAGAGUUCAAAUUAGGUCCAGCACCUCCCCAAUCGGAUCAAAGCACAUUGAGCGAGAGUCUGAGUGGAAGUAUAAUGAAUAGAAGUAGUGAGAGUGAGACUGAGGAUGAGAAUUGGAAGAGAAAAGUAGAAUUGGGGGCUUACACAGAAAAAGUCCGCCUAAAAUCCAAGUCUGUUGCCGAUUUGAUGGUACUGACUCACAUUGAUUAUUCGGAAUCGGAGUCCGAGACUCCUUUGCCAAGUUUAGAUUACAGAAGUAAUUACAAAAACGUAAGGUAUCCUCUGAAGACGAACUUGGAGAAUGUUAGUCUAACAUUCGGAAGCGAAGGUAAUUUGUUGAACGUCCAAGAUAAUUUCGAAGACGAACUGAGGAAAUUGCAUGAAGAACGUAGAGAUAGUCUGCUUUUCGUACCUGAUAAACAUAGUCAAAAUAUUAGUUUAUAUCAAAGUAAACCUUUAGAUGUCUUGGUGACCAAUAUAUCAGCAAAUGACGAUUCACCCAACAAAAGAUUAAUGCAGGAAUUGAAUAGUGGAUCAGAAAUUAAACCUGCUAGUCAAGUGUAUAACGUAUUUAAUGUUACCAUAGAUAAAUUCAGUCCUCUGCAUGUAAACAGUACAAAAUUGCAGAAAAUCAUUAAUCUACAGGAUCCCGAAGACGACAUUCCUUUGAAACUUAACCACAUGACAAAUCUGAGCACCGAUACUCGCAUAUCAAAUGUCACAUAUCUGAACGCUGAAAAGCUCGAGCUAAACCAACAAAAUAGUUUGUUGCAAAAUUUCUCUCGAGAAGAUACGAAAGAUUUAAAGGACGAUGAUGUCGUAGCAGUGCCAACAUUAGAAAACGCUCAGCCAGAAAAUAUUGAAACUAAUAUUACACAGACGUCUAAUUUAGGUACUGUAUCUAAUACUCUACAAGUACCAACACUUGUUGAAAUUAUACAAAAUAGGGAUGACCUUAUGGAGUUUAUCGUAGCUAACUACAGUUACGAUAGUAUUGAUGAAGAUGUUAAUGAAACCAUCUCCGAAAAGUGUGUUGAAGAAAACACAUCUGAGAAUGUCAAAGAAGGCUCUGAGAGUCUAGAAAACGUUCCUAGUGAUUUACUAAACAAUGGGCGACUUGAUACAAAUAGUGUACAGAUUAACGAAGACAACACAAUAACAAAUAGUGAUAAUUUUUCAGAAAAUGCACAAAAAUCAGUAUUAGAAACAGAUAACGAUGAAGAACACGUAUUGAAUCUAGAAGAAACAAACGAAAGUAUUCCUUUAGAAAUGGAAGAAAAAGCAUCAGGGGUGAUUAGUAACGAUGAAUCUCAAACCAGUGAAUCAGGAGACAAGUCUCAAUAUGAAAGUUGUACGUCUCAUAUUGAUGAUACAACAAACAUAGCAAAGCCCAAAGUUGAAUUCGACUUAAGCAGUAGUCAAAAAGGAACGUUGCCAAAUCCCCUUACACACUCCAGUGUCUUUUCGAGCACACCUUAUAGAAAAAAGAAUUUAGAUCUGACACAGUCUCUGGAAGACACGUUCAGCAGUUUGAAUCUAUACGAAUGCGUUAAACCUGAAGAAGACUGUGAGGUGGAGUUUUCCUCAAAUUUUGCACCUUUGGAAAACGAAUAUGACGGAAAAAAUUUCAAUUACUCCCUAGAAACGUGGGAUAACUUUUUAGGCAAAACCAUGGAUGACCAAAGUAAGGAGGACAUAUUCGACAGUUUUACUUCUGAACCUCAAAGUUUGUUGUUCCUUGAAAAUAAUGAUGAACAAGCAGUAGUUAAUUCAAAUGAAGCAGAUAAAUCAAAUGAAUAUGAAGUUACUGAAAUAAAUGAGACGUUUGUUGUGAACAAUGAUAAAUUGAAGACCAGCGACGAAAAAGAUGGCACUUUUGUCUUAAAUGAUACGCAGAAAAAUGAUGGUACAUUCACAAUGGAGGAUACAAAGGACACCGACCAAAAUGGUACCUGGGGAGCUGGUGGCGGAUGGUUUUUGCAUCCUCAAACCAGCAACGAAGAUGUAUCUGGAGAAAUCACAAUUGCCAAAAGUGAUUCUGAUAGCUACGUGGGCUUUAGCAUGGACGACGAAAUAAUGGCGGCGAUACGAAAUGAACUACUCUCUAAACUGCCUCAUGCUCAGGGAACAUCUAACGAGAAUGUUAAGGAAGAAGAGGAGUGGGAAAACGGUACUCGAAAUGAAGUGUUUCUAAGAUAUAAUGUAUAUAAUACUCCUUUGUCACCAAUUCCUGAAGAAAGUUUGAUUGAUGAUUGCUCAGAGGAAACUACACCAAGGCGACAGUCUUUGGAUGAAAGCUACAUAUCCGACAGUGAUGAAGAACAAGCCGGAACACAACAGGAUACUGAAACCCCAUCGGCACACCAAUCGGAAAGUCCGAUUCGUGGCCGACUACAUAGGCACACACCUAGCCAGGAUUCAUGUUGCUCUAACGACACGCUGUUUAACUUGGAGGAACUUACCACUAAUGAUCCUGAGAAUCAGCCCAACAAAAGCACAGAAGUGGAGAACACUAUCGCCAAUGUUGCUGAUGUUAAUGUAAAUAAAGAAGAAUCCAAUACUGAAAAAGAUGAAGAAGAUAAGCCACAAAAUGGUGAAACCUCAAACAGCAAAUACUUGGAAGACUUCAUACAAUCGGAGAGGGAAAGUAGCUCGUUAACAUUGGUUAAAGUAACCGAAGCACCUGAAGAAAUCAGCUCUGAAAGCGUGUCAUCCGACACAGAUCAUCUUUUGCCAUUCAUAAAGCAAUUUGUACCACCACUACCAUCACCAGAAGACAAGCCAUGGAAGCAAUUACCGGCCUCGAUGUUGAGUUACGACAAAGUAAUUUUUAAUGCUAAAGAAUCGAAGGACGAUGCGGAUGAUUUGGAUCUCAAUAAGGAGAAAAACGAGUCUCAGGAUGAAGAUGUGGAAGUAUUAGCAAAUAAGGAUAACAUUUAUGAUAGUGUGAACAACACUAUGUACGAGAACAUUGAGAAUAUACAACCAAAUUACGAAAACGUCCCUGAAAAGGUGACCUACGAGAACAUAGAUACGAAACAGGAGUACGAAAAUCUCGCAUAUGAGAACAUAGAUAACGUAAAUGACAUAUAUAACGAAGCCGAUUAUGUGAACAUUGUGAAUUUCGAAAAUUCUAAAAACUCCGCAGAUUUUAAUAAAAUCUCAAACGAAGAAUCGAAAAAUGUUAAUUACGAUCAACACGAUGAAUUAAUUAUUAACGACGACGAGGAAACUAGUAAUUUGUUCGGCGUACUAACGGACAUUCGAUUCAAUGGUCCAGGUGAUAGCCAGUUCAUGUCGACGUCGUUUAGCGAGAGCAAUGAUAACGAUGAACAGGAUUGGGAUAGUGGUUCUGAUACUCGGUCCAGUUCGAGUGGGGAGUUCAUUUGGAAAGAAGGGGAGCAUGAAGAGUCCCUCAAAGCCCUUCGAGCUGUCCCACAAGAUGUGCUUGACGAUAUUAAACCAAUGGAGGGCAUAGAGGAGGAGGAAGUCUACAGCGACAGUAGUAUUAGCAGCGGUAGCACCAGCGGUGAUGAGGGCGAAACACCAGAAUUCGUACCAUCCGCCUGGGACAAAUAUGCGACGCCCACCAAAUCAGCUUUAAGAUCCCCAGAGAAGACGUUGGAAAGAGAUGAAAAGAAAGCAAAAGGCGUCUGGUUUAAAAAACAAAAGUACCACUGCGUUUACGAGUAUCCUCGAGAACCCGACAGUCCCGUGCUACAGAGUCAGGAUCUGUGGAAGCCUCAAUCUGAUUUCACUGACUGGGAUUUUGAUGCAGAUACUUAUUUACCUACGCUGACCGCUGAUAAUGAUAUAUUAUCCCUCAAUACCUAUACCUACCAACCACCCAACUACAGUAAGGGUAGAAAUUUAUAUGAUCUCACAGACAUAUCCGAACCAAGUAAUUUAGGCAAUGAGGAGUUUUUCAUAAGCAGUUCCUCAAAACCAUUUGACAUGAUAAGUAGCCUCAGUUCCCAAUUUUUCCCAGGGAGCAGUCAGUGGACAGUGGAGAACAUGACCCCUGACAGUGGAAUGGAGGACAUAACACCAGCCAGUUUAGAUGAUUAUCCAACAGGCGAGUUAAGAAAAUCAGUCGUACCUCCACUUAAAGUCCUGGCUAGUGAAGCUGCUAAUCCAAUAAAGAAGUUCAUCAAAGGAAACGAUUCACUAGGAGGGUUAAGACAUACAAGGAAUAAAUUAAAACUCGAUUUACCACCUAGUCCCAGUGCGUUUACAACAGGGAAAAUGUUUACAGUUGAACCCAGUAUUGAACCAGUUGUGUUGAGGGAGAAACCUACAUUCUCGACAUUCGGGAAGAGUCGAUUUUUGGUACAACAGGUUGAUACACCCCCAGAUGGUACUACGGAGAAUAAAAACGUAUCAUUUGAAGCUCUUCCCUACAAACCUUUAAAUAACUCAGAAGCUUUAGACACCCCAGCAGAAAAGCAAGCUGAUUCAGCUGAUAUGUCACCUGAACUAGUUACAUAUCCAUCAAUCAAAAGUCAAAUUAUCAAGGAUGUUGGCAUGGAUGAAACUAAAUGCAAAGUCGAAUUCGUAAGAGGCGAAGCCAGUUUACUGGACAGUGCAGAUGAGGAUAGUGGCAUAGAAUCCAGUACUUUGGAAAGGAAGCUGAGUAAUACAACAUAGAUUCCCAACGUUUUUAACAUCUUAAUAAGGUUUAGAAAAUGUGAUUUUAUGUACAAUUGAUGGAAAACUUACACAAAAUUAAUAACCAUUAAUUAAUAAAUGUUAAAUGCAUGUCAAAAAUAUAUGAUUUGUACAUGGAAUUAUCCGUAAAAUUAAAAAAUUAAAAUUUUAAACAUUCCCAAAUUUCAAUUUAAAAUGUUUUCGUAAAUUUUAGACAGGCCAAAAUUAAAUGCCAAUGUCGUUAGUAUUUUAUCUUAACGUAGAAUAUGCUGUUGGCAGUGGCGUAACUCGAAUACGUGUUUAUGAUCGUCGUGUAUACAUAUGUGAAAAUCACCAAAGACAAAAUUUGCGUCUUUACUAGAGUCUUUUUUGAGGUACAAACAUUAAAAUCAUUAAUGUAGAAUUGUAGGAUUUGCGCCACUGACCGCAGAACAAGUAUUUUACCCAUAUGUAUGUUACAUCUUAAUUAUAAUUAUGUCGUUUGGGUGGUUUACCAAAUGUUUAUGUGAUAUUUAAAUUUGAAAUCAUUUUUAUCUGUUGUAACCUUAAUAUCCAGACACUUAAUUUAAUAAAUGUUUAGUGAAUUUAUUUGUGAAUAUUGUAUUCGUUAAUAGAGUUUUAAUAUGUAAGCAUUGUGACCGGGAUAUAUUAAUAUUAACUGGUAGUUUGUGUAAUAUUACUUAGACAGUCCUCUAAAUUUUAAAAAUGUACAAACUGAAACUUGACGUCCAAUUUAACGUUGUUAUUUUAACUAAAUGUAAUUUUUAUAUAAACUCAGUAUUUUAUGUUAUAUCCUCUCUGUGGUUACUAGUUUUUUAUUAAUUUUGUAAUUAAUAACGGGUUUGUACAGCGUUUAAUGUUUUAUGUUUAUCAAGUUUAUCUUCUUGCAAGAUAUACAUGUUCUGAAAUUGUUAUUUGUGGUCUUGUGUAAAAUGCUGUAAAACUCCACUACGACUGUUGUGGCUAUGUCCGUAUCGGACCUAAUUUUGUGAUUGGUUAUUAAAUAUUUCUUGUAUCAGUAGUAGUUCCAUUGUAAUAUAUUGUAGUAAGUAUUAAUAAACAUUUUAUUGAACGAU